GCCAAUUACUGGUACGAGUUGCACCCCGGCACCGCACUUCCUGGCGGACGGUACGAACAUGCUGCAGUGUGGAGCCCUGCAGCCGAUGGCAUCUACGUUUUUGGCGGAUUCCUUGCGAGCCGGGGCCCUGUGCUGCUGAACGCAAUGGCCAAUAUGUGGGAGGAGCUCAACCUCAGCGGUGCCCUACCGGACGUGCGGAGUCAGCACACUGCGGUGUGGAGCCAUGAAGCUGACGGCAUGUACGUUUUUGGUGGAUACGAUGGCCAGGGUUCUGGAACAUACUUCAAUGACUUGUGGUUCCACGGGUGUGAGGACUCGCGUGGAAGGGCUGUGAAAGCCAGCACUUGGGAGAUGCGAAGCCCCGGUGGCAAUGCUCCCCACCAGCGGUACGCGCACGCGGCGGUGUGGAGCCCUGCCGGGGAUGGCAUGUAUGUUUUUGGUGGGCGCGAUGGCCGAUACUUGGGAGAAAGUGACUUCGAAUGGCACAUCACCAACUGGGCGGUGGUAUCAUGUCGCGGUGUGGAGCCCGUCGGCAAACGGACUCUACAUUUUCGCUGGACAAGACGGAGGCCGGGGCCCUGA